GCCCCGGUAUAAAACGCUGCGAGACGCGACCGGCACCGGCCGCCGGGAGACGCGACGCGACGCCACCACGAUGUCCGUGUCUCAAAGCACGGCCAGGCAGGUGCCAUGCAGCAGCAAGGUGUGCAGGAACCUCUUUGGCCCCGUGGACCACCACCAGCUCCAGAAUGAUGUUGAGGACCUGUUGAGGCAACACCUGGAAGAAGCUCAGCAGCGCUGGAACUUCAACUUUGAGACGGAGACUCCCUUGGAAGGACAAUUCAAGUGGGAGAGAGUCUUCCCGGAUGAGCAGCUGACCCAGGAGGUCCACAGCCUGGCCAAGGUCACUGGCAGUGAGAGCAGGAGCUCUUUGGCCCACAAGGUCCCGCCUAAGGACCAUCUUGGAAGGAUUUGCCCUGAGGGGUCUCAGCAGAGCUCGGUGGUUUGCAGGCCUGGUUCCCCACAGAGCCUGAAACGUGGGCAGACCACCAUCAAAGACUUCUACAGCUCCAAGCGGAGGUUCGUCCCUGACAAGCCCAAGCCGUGACCUGGCGGUGCUCGGCUCCUCUGCCAUCGGGGAGAGCUGCCGAUGCUGCCGUGGCUCUUUUCCCCUACCCUGUACUGUGUAAGAUGUCUGUAUGAAGAAACGUAGAGUCUGUAGUUCCCUAUUUAUAAUUAGCUCUGGGGUCCUGAGGGACCUUCACUGUGUGCAAUGUAUAGGAGUAGCCCAUGUUGAGGCUUGUGGCCCCACGGAGGGGGAUGGAGGAGGACUGAAACGGGCCUGGUGGGACCAAGGCAUCGCCCUGCCUGCAGAGAAGAAAGUGUCUUCUGCCCUGUGUUGAUGGGGCCAAGCUUUGUCCUUGCACCAUCCUGCUGUCUAGCUGUGGUCCUUCCCCUGCAUGGUGGCUGACCAUGGGGGACACUUGUGUCCCAGCCACCUGGUGGCACCAGAUGUCAUUAAGAAAGCGUCACUGAUGUGGAUCAUAGAGCCCUGGGACAGCCUGGCCCUGAGGACACCCCAGUUGCUGGCACGUGGUCGUGGCCCUCUUCCCAGCAGGAUGGACACAGCAGCAGCAAGACCUCAUCCAUGUGUGGAAGUGGGGUCACACAGGUCCCACAGCUGCUUGGGAGAGGAAACCCUGUUCCCCAGAUAGCCCUUUCUUUGGGUGACUCACAAGUGCUGUCACCGGUCAAGAUGGGCUGUAGGUGGUGACAAACCCACUGGAGGUCCCCAGCGCUGAGCUCAUUGUGGGACCAACGCUGCUGGGGAGGCUUUGGAGUCCCUGGACUCUGCUGACCCAAACCCCCCCUUCCUUACCUUGCUGUUGGCUUGUUGGGUGGUGCUGUUUGCCCUUGUUCCUGCCUCCAACACUGACACCAGGCUGGGGAGCUGCCUGCUCUGGCCACGUUGGACUGCUCUAGGAAGGAAGGAGUCCUGCUCACCAGCAAGGAUGACACUGAAAGAUGAAAUUGUAGCUUUUUUUUUCCUGGACUCUUUCUCCUCUGGGGCUGGGGGGAGAGAGGUCCCUCACCUGACUGCAGAGCAGGGGCUUUGGCUGCCUCAGGGACCAAGGGAUGUCCUGGAGCGAAGGCCGCUUGGUCCCAGCGUGGAAGGGUGAGUCCCUGCUCUUGAAGGACUCAACACUGUCAGGUUUCAGCACUUUCACGGGGUUCAUCUCCUGCUCUGCUGGAUUUGGACUCUGGAAACUGGUGCAAGAUGGUCCCAGGCAGAAAAGUGACAGCCGACCUCCUGCCUUGCACCAUGAUGCACUUUGCUGUUGGUGAAGCUGGCAACCUCCCAGCACUAAAUGUUUAUUUAUAUUUAAAAAAAAAAAAUGCUGUUAAGUCUGGGGGGGGGAAGAGGGAAUACCUAUUUGUCUAUAAAUAUUAACUCUGAAUAAACACUUGUCUGUGUA